AUGCAGAGCUAUACGAUUGUAGUUACCUUUCUACCACUUCUCAGUGUGAUCGGUUGCAAAGCAAACUGCAACAUUAAAAUAGGCGAACAAAUUACCGGGGAACAAUUGCUGCACAAUAUCACCAUCUCGAAAGGCCCGCUGGAUGUGGAACAAAUAAUUGAAAUGGAGCUUGAUUAUCGUGUUAGCCCGCUACAAAACGAAGAAAUCAGCUACGUACAACUCGUUGGAACCGGCCCCGGAUGUUCCGCCAUCAUUAGCAAUAGUGUCGAUCGCAAAAAGCAGCUGCUUGGUACGGUGUCCAGUACAACCCAGCUAAGAGAAUUUUCCGUCAAACUGUCAGUGUAUGGUUUUCUAAGAAUAAACGGUAAAUAA